GCUUGUCCCACAUGACUUCGGUCAUCUCAUCGGACUCUGUGCUUUUGGCGAAGGAGCCGCAAGCCACUACAUCCUUCUCGUAUGCCUUGCCGGCCAGCCUCUUUCGUCGAGUUCCGGCAGAGACGGGUACGCCUGACUAGUCGGUGUGGAUCCUCCUACAGGUAUAAAGAAUAGCGAACACAUCGUGAACGUCUCAGGCAAGCACGCAAUCGAGUCAAACUAAGCCUGCUUCGCCCCCACCGGCUUUCCUCCACUAGCCAAUCAGUCACCGCUCCAUCAGCCUCUCGCAAACAUGCGCUUCUUCGCCUUCAUCGCCACCCUCGCUGCCACCGCUGGCCUCGCGUCCGCAUUUUGCAACUGCCCUGACUUCGAGGUGGAAUGCUGCGCCGAAUCGGGAGCUCCCUACAUCGGAAAUGGGAACUGCGACGUCACCAAAAGGGCAGAAUUUGACCUCUAUCAAAAGUGUUGCUUGGGGAGCGGCAGGUUCACCGCUUGCACGGAGUUCCCAUGGUUGGAUGAGAACUAAACGAAUCGGCACGAAUAUGACGUUAUGAGAUGGAACAAACAGAGCGAUAGAAGCAGCAUGUUAUUUGGUUCUUAUUUCCUCGGCGUCCUUAGCACCUAGCUGCAGCCGCGCCCCCAAUAACAAAAACGUUAAACCAUUCAGAAU